AUGGCUCAAGAGCCCACGCCAUCCUCGUCCUUUGGCGAACGGCGUGGGCAUCGCCUUGCGCCGCUAAAUACAAACUUUGAUCGGCCAGCUGCAGCUCCGGCCACUAAAUCCCAGUCACGAUCACGUCCUCGUCCAUCCGACUAUCCCACUACCAAUGGCUCGGAGGGGCCGGUUCCUCUCCAAAGCCCGGUGCGGCGCCAAUCGUCGAAAUCUUCUUUACGCAGUCUAUUCAGUCGCGACAAGUCGUCGCGUGCCGCUGCGGUACCGGAUACCAAAUUAGCUGAGAUUGAAGAAUCCCAGCCGCCUCCAGUCCAAUCGAUACAACCAAUUGUACCAGAUCCAGAGGCACUGCUAUCCUCGGAUCUCACUAGCCCCCAUACCGCUCCAACCACUCCGACAACCAUCACAUCUCCGACAACACCUCGGGCCCGAGCCACAUUGAAAACGGCCCGACCGCGGCCCGCCGAGUCAAAUCCGCCCCCAUCGCGGGAGCAGUAUGGAUGGAAGCCACCACCUUUAUUUCAAGCAUAUCCGCAGUCGACCAAACACGGAUGUCUCACUGCGCCGGCGAUGUCGGCAGAUGCGAUUUUACGCCUGCAUGCGACAACCGGGAAGAGUGCGGUGGAGGAUGCUAGGAAUCAGGUAGGCCAAGAGGAUGCAAAGAAAAAAGAGCAGAGGGAACGAAAACAUCUUCGCACGUUGUCAGGGACUAUCAAUAAGGUUGAGUGGACCAACAAGAUCUACGUGUUAGCCACGACGGGUUUCAUUCUCCAAUAUGCUGGAGAAGGAAAGCACGAUCGGCUGCCGGAGAAGAUGCUGCAAUUGGGUCCUAAGUCGGUGGCAUUUGCGAGUGAUGCAAUUCCUGGAAAGCACUGGGUCGUUCAGGUUUCUCAGACCUCGACCUCUGAUUCCGUUCCUGAUGCCGAGUCGUCGAAGCCUAAGCUCUCAUCUCGCUUUGGGUUUCAUCGAUCUCAUGCGCGUCGUUUAGCCCGCAGCUUCCUCUUGGUGUUUGACAACCCGGAUCCCAUGAUUGCCUGGCUUAUGGCCAUUCGUGCUGAGAUUGAAUCUCGCGGUGGCCCCAAAUUCAUUACAGAGAAGUACUCAGAUGACGAUGCGGAUGCUCCUCAGCUUCGGUCCAAAUCUAGCGUUCGACAAAUGGUGAAGAAAGAUCCCCAUCGUAUUUCCAGUUUGUUUCUUCAACCGCAGACCCUACGAUCCCCCGAGGACGAGGAUGAUGGUAAUUCGGUCGGUGGUUUGACCUGGCAGUCACGGCGAAGCUCGUACGUGUCUGUUAGUCGGUCGAUGGUAAACUCAAGGACAGGUUCGGCCUCCACGGGCAAAACGGAAGCCACUGGUCCAACAAAUGGGAAUGGGUCCGAAGGCCCUUCUUUCGCCAUGACGGGCCCGCCUAUGAAUCCGCCCCAUUCACCCCCAGUGGGGAAUGGUGUUGCGGUCUUGGAAGAGCUGAAAAGACCUGAUAUAGACCCUCCAUAUACCCGCAGUCCACCGUCCUCCAGUCAGGAGAAACGACAGUCCUUAUAUGGGUCCUCCAAAGGGCAGGCAAUCCCGGCGCCUAUACACCCCGAGCCAGCUCAGUCCAAUUAUUUUCAAUCCAGCAUUCCCGAAACCCUAGUCCGAAGUGCCUCACCGCCAGCUCCGAACUUUAGCGUACCUUUGUUUAGCAAGAAGUUUGCGUCAAGACCGGCCGUAUCCUCCAUCUCCCAGGUUGCUGCUACUUCUCCUCCAUCUGUUGCUGGUGUUUUGCGCCGAGGUGAAAGUACAGGCGAUUUCAGUACCUCCAGUAUCGCAUCGCCCCCGCAGUCUCCGACUUACAGUAUUGCAAGCUCGCGUCAGACAGAUUCUUCUGAGCCACCAUUUGUGGCCCUGGAUGGCACUCGACGCACCUUGCGCGCUUCCAACUCGGAGGACGCGUUAUCCAGAGUCAUUCGCCAAGCACCAGAGCACGGCAAUGCAUUCGCCCGUAUGGCCCGCCCGACAGCCCCCUCCGAUGUCAGUUGCCCUUCGUCUCGCCCUCUCAGUUUUGUCGGUCGUUCCGGACUGGGUAUCCAAAUGGUCAGCGAGUCGGACGUACUGAGUAUUCCACCGGUUGAGCCAACACCUCGAAACCGUGUGUCUACUGCGCAGAUUGAUUAUCAAAAUGUGUCACGCCGGAAGAGCAUGCCUGGCCUUAGCUUGGGACCUCCUGCUGCCCCUCCCCCCAAUUGCCCUCUUCCCAAAAUUCCUUCUCCCAUCGCUGCGCAGGCGCUGCCCUCUUGGUCAACCAGUCCUCCCGUCAACCGGUUUUACCAAUCACAACAGAUUAGUGAUCAAGUGCGAGAUAACCGGAAAAAUGGUGUUUCGAAUGGAAUCCCGGAACAACCGGCACAAAGUGGCGCGAGAACAGCUGCUCGGCAGUCCAGAAUGAUUUAA